AUGCCUUCUCAUUUUGAUACUCUUCAAUUACAUGCUGGACAACCAGUUGAAAAGCCACACCAGCCAAGAGCUCCACCAAUUUAUGCCACCACUUCCUAUGUUUUCAACGACUCCAAACAUGGUGCUCAAUUAUUUGGAUUAGAAACCCCAGGGUACAUUUAUUCAAGAAUUAUGAACCCAACAAACGAUGUGUUUGAACAAAGAAUUGCUGCUUUGGAAGGUGGUAUUGGUGCAUUGGCCACCUCCUCUGGUCAAUCGGCCCAAUUUUUGGCAAUUGCUGGGUUGGCUCAUGCUGGUGAUAACAUUAUAAGUACCUCCUAUUUGUAUGGUGGUACUUAUAAUCAAUUCAAAGUCGCCUUCAAACGUUUGGGGAUUGAAACCAAAUUUGUUAAUGGUGAUGCUGCUGAAGAUUUUGCCAAAUUGAUCGACGACAAGACAAAAGCUAUUUAUCUUGAAACCAUUGGAAACCCUAAAUAUAAUGUUCCAGAUUUUGAAAAAAUCACUAAAUUGGCUCAUGAGCACGGUAUUCCUGUUGUUGUCGACAACACUUUUGGUGCAGGUGGAUUUUUAGUUAACCCAAUUGCCCACGGUGCUGAUAUUGUUGUCCAUUCUGCUACUAAAUGGAUUGGUGGUCAUGGUACUACAAUUGCCGGUGUUAUUGUUGACUCUGGUAACUUCCCAUGGACCGAGUACCCAGAAAAAUACCCUCAAUUCUCCAAACCAUCAGAAGGUUACCACGGGUUGGUCUUGAGUGAUGCUUUGGGCAAGGCAGCAUACAUUGGUCACUUAAGAAUUGAAUUGUUGAGAGACUUGGGUCCAGCUUUGAAUCCAUUUGGAUCCUUUUUGUUGUUACAAGGUUUGGAAACUUUAUCGUUAAGAGUUGAAAGACAAUCAGAAAACGCCUUGAAAUUGGCCCAAUGGUUAGAGAAAAACCCAAAUGUCGAGUCGGUGUCUUAUUUGGGAUUGCCAUCUCACGAAUCUCACGAAUUGAGUAAGAAAUAUUUGAAUAAUGAUGCUAAAUACUUUGGUGGUGCUUUGGCAUUUACUGUCAAGGAUAUUUCCAACUCGUCCACUGACCCAUUCAAUGAAGCCUCCCCGAAGUUGGUUGACAAUUUGGAAGUUGCCUCAAACUUGGCCAAUGUGGGUGACUCCAAGACAUUGGUUAUUGCUCCAUGGUUCACUACUCAUCAGCAAUUAUCAGACGAAGAAAAGUUGGCUUCUGGUGUUACUAAGGGCUUGAUUAGAGUUUCUAUCGGUACUGAGUUUAUUGAUGAUAUUAUUAAUGACUUUGAACAAGCAUUCAAGAAAGUUUAUAACAACUAA